UACUGUGUGAAUAUAGGACGAGCAGAGUCCCGCAGGCAGCUCUGAAAGGCUACUGGGAGCAUCAAGGCUGCAAACGCUGGAUUGGGAAGUCGCAACUGUGAUUCUGCAUCAUGAAUACUCUGUCUGAAGGAAAAGGCACCUUUGCCAUCCAUCUUUUGAAGAUGCUAUGUCAAAGCAACCCUUCCAAAAAUGUAUGUUAUUCUCCUGUGAGCAUCUCCUCUGCUCUAGCUAUGGUCCUCUUGGGUGCAAAGGGACAGACGGCAAUCCAGAUAUCUCAGGCACUUGGUUUGAAUAAAGAGGAAAACAUCCAUCAGGGUUUCCAGCGGCUUCUCAGGGAGCUGAACAAGCCAGAAAGAAAGUACUCUCUUAGCAUGGCCAACAGGCUCUUUGCAGACAAAACUUGUGAAGUCCUCCCAACCUAUACGGAGUCCUCUCUUCACUUCUAUGACUCAGAGAUGGAGCAGCUCUCCCUUGCUGAAGAAGCAGAGGAGUCCAGGCAACACAUAAACACAUGGAUCUCCAAACAGACUAAAGGUAAAAUUCCAGAGUUGUUGUCAGUUGGCUCCAUCAAUUCAGAGACCAGGCUGGUUCUUGUCAAUGCCUUAUAUUUCAAAGGAAAGUGGCAUCAACCAUUUAACAAAGAGUACACAAUGGACAUGCCCUUUAAAAUAAACAAGGAUGAGAAAAGGCCAGUGCAGAUGAUGUGUCGUGAAGACACAUAUAACCUCGCCUAUGUGAAGGAGGUGCAGGCACAAGUGCUGGUGAUGCCAUAUGAAGGAAUGGAGCUGAGUUUCGUGGUCCUGCUCCCAGAUGAGGGUGUGGACCUCAGCAAGGUGGAAAACAAUCUCACUUUUGAGAAGUUAACAGCCUGGACCGAAGCAGACUUUAUGAAGAGCACCGAUGUUGAGGUUUUCCUUCCAAAAUUUAAGCUCCAAGAGGAUUAUGACAUGGAGUCUCUGUUUCAGCGCUUGGGAGUGGUGGAUGUCUUCCAAGAGGACAAGGCUGACUUAUCAGGAAUGUCUCCAGAAAGAAAUCUGUGUGUGUCCAAGUUUGCUCACCAGAGUGUAGUGGAGAUCAAUGAGGAAGGCACGGAGGCUGCAGCAGCCUCUGCCAUCAUAGAAUUUUGCUGCGCCUCUUCUGUCCCAACAUUCUGUGCUGACCACCCCUUCCUUUUCUUCAUCAGGCACAACAAAACAAACAGCAUCCUCUUCUGUGGCAGGUUCUCGUCUCCAUAAAGACACAUGUACUACACGGGGCGAGUUCUCUCCUCAGUAUCCCUACCACUCCUACAGCUCUGUCAGGAUGGGCAAGUAGGGGGAAGUCAUGUUCUAAGAUGAAGACGCUUCCUUCUUCUCAGCCUGAUCUUAUAAUGCCUGCAUUCAGCUCUCCCUGUCUUGAAUGCAUCUGUACCCUUUGCCAGGUUAUGUCUAAUGAUGCCAUAUACCUUCUGCUAUGCUACCGAUUGAUAGCCUAACCAGUAAUGUAUAGCCGGUUAGAACUGACUUCACUGUGCAAGAAUGCUAUAAUGGAGCUGGAGAGAAGGCACAGACUCUAGGAAAGGUUGCUGCUUUUGCAGAGGACACAGGGACAUUUCCCACCACUCACAUGGCUGCUUACAACCUCUGGAAAUGCCAGUUCCUAUCCAUGACUUGAUUCCUUUCUUUGGCUUCUACUGGCUCCAGCAUCCUGCAUAUGCACGUAUCCUCUUUCAGUUAUGCACAAACAAGUAAAAAUUUAAAAAAAUAAGUAAACAUUUAAAGAGAGAGUGUAAAAUUUCAUUAAUGGUUAGAUAAUAGCUGCUAUUGUGUCUUUUUCAGGUUUUAAUGCCAUUAUUCUUAUGUAUAGAGUCAACAAUUUAUAGGAAAACAUCAGUGCCAUGCUGUGAUCUUAUCCUCACCCCCUUUCAAACACAUUGUUUAACCAUCAAGCAGUGGCUCUCCACUCUUCCUCCCUCUGUCUUUAUAACCACCAACCUUCUCUCUGUCUCUGUAGCUUUAUCUAUUUUGGACAUUUUAUAUAGACUGCCUCUUUGCUUUCUUGAUAAUGUCCUUUGAUAUACACAUAUUGCUUUUUUUCCCAAUGACAUUCUUCUUAUUUAUUACUGUUCUGAUCAUGAGGUAUCCGUGCUGCAGCUAAGAAUCUUACUACUAAAGUCAAGUGCAGAAAUGACUGCCCCUAUGUUUUCCUCCAAGGCUUUCAUGGAUUAUGACUUAUAUAUUUAGGUCACUGUUCCAGUUUAAAUUAAAUUCCAUAUGUGGAAUGGUUUAGGA